UACAAUGCCGUCUUACGCCGCGACGUCCACUCCGUCCGGCGCCGCCUCCACAUCGUCGGGCCCCCCGGCCGCCUCGGGCUCCCACAAGCCCGCGGCCUCGGGCGUGAGGGACACCUGGAAGAUCAACACGCCGAUCACGACCAUCAUCUCGAGGUGGCCCGGCAUGUUGCCCGAGUGGGCCUGCGUCGCCAGCUUCAUGCCCAGGAACGUCAGGACGCCUCCGUAGACGACUCGCACGACCGUGUACGCGAGCUGGAUCGGCCCGCAGUUGCACGACGUGCACACGACGCACAGCAGGAGCCAGCCCCAGAUCAUCCGGAAGAAGGCCCACGUCACGCAGGCCGUCACGUGCGUCAUGCCCCGCGGAUUCGUGCCCAUGCCGAUCAAAAUGGCGAUGAGCGACAUCACCGCGAAGAGCGCGGCGGCCAUGUUCGCGCACUUGGCGCCGUCGCCCCGAUACCGGUCGCCGAGCUUCGCGGCGAGGCCCAGGUCCGCCGCGCCGUUCACCAGGAUGCCCGGGAUCACGAAGCCGCGCAUGGCAUUCUUGGCCGGCCGGUGGAGCAUGAGCAUCGACACCGUCGGGUACUUCCGAUUAAACUUCCGGCAGCUCGCAUCCUUCCGCUCGAAGGACGCCUUCGCCUCGUCCGAGCUGCAGCUGAUGCCGGCUCCCGCCCAGAUGCCGCUGCCGCACAGCACGGCGGCGAACCACAGGAGUCCGACGACUAUCAUGGGCUUCUUGUACCAGGUCCGCCAGGCGGCUUGGUCCGGUUUUUGCACGUCGUCGGCCUUCUCCGACAUUCGCAGACGACGGAGCUGCCGGGCGCCGCCGCACAGGUCUCGGGCUGCCCCGCGCCGGGCAGCACUUGGACAGAGGGCGCGUUGGGACUCGCCGUCGGCUGCCCGAACUCCAGCUAAGGCGGAGGUGCGUCGGUUGCCGAUCCAGUGCCGGCAGAAGAUGGCAGAGGCUGCCAAAGCUUUGACAGAGGCAGAGCGCUG